AUGGCCCCAAACGAGGCUCCUCUACACACUGGGAUUAUCCGAUUGCUACAACAUUUUGGAUGGAAGUGGGUUGGGCUUCUUGUUUCUGAGAAUGAAAGCGGAGAACAAUUUUUGAAGAAACUACAACUUUUGCUUUCAAAGAAUGGAAUCUGUUCAGCCUUCCUACAACAGGUCCCCAGAAUACCUGCCUAUGAAGACUUGGAUAAAUUUACAGGUAUAUUGUUUACUCUUUAUGGACAUUACACAGACAGCAAGACAAACACAUUUAUCAUCUAUGGAGAAUCUCUGUUGCUUGUAUGGCUUACAAAUGUCAUAUAUUUCCUGGAUCCCACGCUGAAAGAAAAUACAUCAUUUCGAAAGGUUUGGAUCAUGACUAGUCAAUUUGAUUUUAUAUUAACAGGAGCUCAAAGGUCUUGGGAUCUGCAAUUGUUCAAUGGGGCCAUUUCCUUUCAAAUUAAAUCAGAUGAGGUCCUGGGAUUCAGGGAGUUUGUUCAGUCCAUAAAAAGUUAUUUGAGGCCCAAAGAUGGAUUUAUAAAGGAUUUUUGGGAGCAAGCAUUUGACUGCUUCUUUCCUAAUUCAGGAUUGCCAACAAUGGACAUUGGAAAAUGCACUGGGGAGGAGAACCUGGACAGUCUUCCUAGACCUCUCUUUGAAAUGGAAAUGACUGGUCAUAGUUAUAGUAUCUAUAAUGGUGUCUACGCUGUGGCUCAUUCUUUGCAAGCCUUACUAUCAAAGGGACCACAUCAGGACAAAAGGAUGGUGGGAAAAAUGGUUCAAAUCACAAAUCUCCAGGCUUGGCAGCUCCACCCAUUUCUUCAAGGCAUCUCUUUUAACAACUCAGCUGGAGAGAAAGUCUUCUUUAAUGACAAAAGGGAAGUUACAGGAGGAUUUGAUGUUAUCAACCUGAUCACUUUUCCUAACCGCUCCUUUCAGAGAGUGAAAGUUGGGAGGUUAGAUCCUAAUGCUGCAAAAGGAGAAGAAUUGGUCAUUGAUGAAAAUAGUGUUGUCUGGCACCCAGGUUUCAACCAGGUUCUUCCCAUUUCUCUGUGUAAUGAGCCCUGUUACCCUGGAUCUUGGAAGAGAAGGAUGGAAGGGAAACAAUUCUGCUGCUAUGACUGUGUGCCUUGUCCAGAAGAAAAGAUUUCAGAUAAGAUGGACAUGGAAGAUUGUUACAAAUGUCCUGAAGAUCAGUAUCCAAGCAAGGAACAAGAUCAUUGCAUCACCAAGAGAACAACUUUCCUAUCUUAUGGGGAACCUUUAGGGAUCUCUUUGACCUCAGCUGCUGUUGCUUUUGGCUUGAUAACAGCCUGGAUACUUGGAACUUUUAUUAAGUACAAGGAUACUCCCCUAGUUAAAGCCAACAACCGGGACCUCACUUACACUCUCCUUGGGUCUCUUUUGCUCUGCUUCCUCUCUUCCUUUUUAUUCCUCAGCCAACCUGGGAAAGUCACCUGCCUUCUGCGUCAACCAACUUUUGCCAUCAUUUUCUCAGUGGCUGUUUCUUGUGUCUUGGCCAAAACCACCACUGUGGUUGUGGCUUUCAUGGCCACCAGGCCAGGAUCUCAGAUGAGGAAAUGGGUUGGAAAAAGACUGGCCCUUUUUAUUGUUCUUUCCUGCUUUCUUUUCCAAGCCAACAUUUGUACUGCAUGGUUGGCAACUUUUCCUCCCUUCCCUGACUUAGACAUGCACUCCCUUAUGGAAAACAUGAUUUUGCAAUGCAAUGAAGGCUCCGUCCUCAUGUUCUAUUGUGUCCUGGGAUACCUGGGUUUCUUGGCUAUUGCCAGCUUCCUUGUGGCAUACCUCGCCUGUAAUUUACCUGACAGCUUUAAUGAAGCCAAAUUUAUUACUUUCAGCAUGUUGGCCUUCUGCAGUGUGUGGCUGUCCUUUGUGCCGACCUACCUGAGCACUGUAGGGAAAGCCAUGGUGGCUGUGGAGAUCUUCUCCAUCUUGUCCUCCAGUGCUGCCUUACUGGGAUGUAUCUUCUUCCCCAAAUGCUUCAUCAUUGUGCUGAAGCCAGAAUUAAACAGUAGGCACCAACUAAACAAACGAAAAAAUUAA